UCCUCCUCCUCCCCUCCCCUCCCCCUCCUCGCGCGGCUCCUCCCGAGAAUUCCCGAGGAUCCCGGGACGGGAUCGGGAUCGGGAUCGGGAUCGGGACAGGACCCCUGGGAUGAGGCUCCGGCUGCUGCUGCUGCUGCUGCUCCAGGCCGCAGGUGCUCGGGUGCCCAGGUGGGUUUUGGAGGGACACACCUGUGCCCCGCCCUGGCAGGCCGCGCUGUUCCAGGGCCGGCGCUUCGUCUGCGGGGGGACCCUGGUGGCGCCCAGGUGGGUCCUGACGGCCGCGCACUGCCACGCCCCCGGCCCCAUCACCGUCCGCCUGGGCGGCCGCGGUCGCCACCAGGUGCGCCCAGGUGAGCCCCCGCUGGACGCGGCGCCGCCAGGUGAGGCCUCACCUGCGCCAGGUGAGCAGCGGCGGCGCUCGGAGCGCAGCUUCCGCUUCCCCGGCUACAACGAGAGCUCCAAGGACGGCGACCUGAUGCUGCUGCGGCUGCGCGCGCCCGCGCACCUGAGCGCGCAGGUGAGGCCGCUGCCGCUGGCGCGCACCUGCGCCGCGCCCGGGACCGCCUGCCAGAUCUCGGGGUGGGGCUCCACCACCAGCCCUGAAGUGACGCUGCCGAGCCGCCUGAUCUGCGCCUACGUGCAGCUGCUGUCGGAGGCCGCCUGCCGGCGCGCGUACCCGCAGCGCAUCACGCCCAGCAUGCUCUGCGCCGGCGUCAGCGACCGCCGCGUCGACUCCUGCCAGGGUGACUCCGGGGGUCCCCUGUCCUGCAACGGGACCCUGCAGGGCGUCGUGUCCUGGGGGCUCCAGACCUGCGCCCUGCCCGGACACCCCGGGGUCUACACCAAGGUGUGCAGGUUCACCGACUGGAUCCAGAGCGUCAUCAACAGCAACUAG